GGUUUUGUUAAAGUCAACUUAUUUUACGUGGACGCCGGUCUUGGAAAGAGUAUAGUAUUUUAGAACGAUUAGUGCAAAGUCGCUUUCGUCUUUUUGCCCUUUUAAAUCAAAAUAUGGCAUCGAGGAUGAUUGGUAACUUGUUUGCAAGGAUAAGAAGUAAAGAAUUUCGUUCAUAUUUAAUGAGUACGCAUUUCUGGGGUCCUGUUGCAAACUGGGGCAUACCUUUGGCAGCAAUGGCAGAUAUGAAGAAAGAUCCCAAAUACAUCAGUGGAAAAAUGACGUCCGCAUUAUGUGUUUAUUCUGCAUUGUUCAUGAGGUUUGCAUGGAAAGUCCAACCUCGUAACCUUUUGCUAUUGGCAUGCCACAUGACCAAUGAAACUUGUCAACUAAUACAGCUUGGAAGAUGGGCAAAUUACGAGCAUGCCAAACCAGUAGAACCUUUGUGAAACAAACAGAUAUGUAUUAAAACUAUCACAUAUAUAUAGUAAAACUAAUUCAUAUCACUUCAGAGUCUAAUGUAUCUGAAUAUGGGAAGUCUUGUCUUGUGGGAUGUUGUAAACGCAUCAAAAAACUUACCUACCUUAGAUUAAUAUGAUGAAUUAAAUUUUUUUUGUAAUAUAA